GUUUUGAUCCCCUCAAAUAGUUGAAAAUUUGAAAUGUUUCAUUCAAAUAUCAACUUUUGACGAAGCAGCAUCGCUCGUGUGAAAAAUUGUGAAAAAAAUUGUAUAAUUAACUAUAGUAAAGAUGAAACGCUCAAUUAGCUGCAGUACUGUGUCCAGCAAGGUCCAGAUCAUCGAAGACAAGUAUGGACAAAGCGGUAUUCCAAUUAAGAUUAAAUCAAACCAUUUCAAGAUUGAACAGCAUGAGGAUUUUAAACUGACUCAAUAUCGGGUUGAUUUUGAGCCUGAAGUAACUAUUACGAAUACCAAGAAGAAAAUUAUUGGUGAUAAUAAGGAAGCUCUGAAUUUAAAGCGGUACAUUUUUGAUGGCAAUAACUUAUAUUUGAGCAAAAGUUAUGAAUAUUUUGUUUUGGAAACAACAUUCAUGGAUCGUCCCAUGAAAAUUAUUAUUAAACGGACCAAUAAAGUAAAAUCAACUGAUCCUAUGGCUUUCCAAAUCUUUAAUUUGAUCUUGCGUGAUUCUAUGAGCGCUCUUAAGUUACAAAACAUUCGUCGUAACUUUUUCGAUCCGGCUGCUAAAAAGGAAAUAAAGAAUGCAAACUUGGAGAUUUUGCCUGGAUAUUUAAGCUCAAUUCGUCCAUAUGAAAACGAUAACAUUUUGAUGUGCUCAGAAGUUAUUCAUAAGUUCCUUCGUAAGGAAACUAUUUACAACAUUUGUCGCGAAAUGAUGAAGGAUCCUCGGACAAAAGAUACAUGGAAAGACAUAUUAAAGAAGGAAAUUGUAGGAACUGUUGUUUUAACAGAAUAUACUAACAAGACAUAUCAAAUAGAUGACAUUGAUUACUCCAUGAGCGCUAAUUCCUCCUUCAAAAUGGCAAACGGUGAAUCAUCGACUUAUAUAGAAUAUUAUCAGCAAAAGUACGGAAUCAAAAUUGAAGAUCCUCGCCAGUUCAUGCUCGUAUCUAAAUCUCGGGAACGUGACAUUCGUGCUGGUCAGCCUGAAUACAUCUAUUUAAUUCCUGAAUUAUGUCGUGCAACAGGAAUGACUGAUCGUAUGCGACAGGAUUUUCGUUUAAUGCAAGAAAUUUCGGCUUAUACUCGCUUAAAUCCACAAAAGCGUGUUGAAGCAUUGGAAGGCUUUAACAAGAGACUUCAAACGACACCUGAAUCAAUGAAGAUUUUAAAUGAAUGGGAUAUGAAAUUGGAUCGAGAAUUGAUUGAACUUGAAGGACGCGAAUUACCAAAAGAAUCCAUUGUUUUUGGAGGUAACCAAACUGUUGGUACAAACGAAAAGGCUGAAUGGAGCAUUCGGGGCAGCACUACAAUGUUUAAGAAUAUUGAUUGCGUUCGCUGGAUAUUUUUAUAUCCUGAAGAUAUGGAACAAGAAUCUAUGAAAUUCUUGCAUUCUUUAAUUGAAGCUGGUAAAACCAUGAAUUAUACAAUUGCCACUCCAUUGCACAAAGCAAUUCAAGAUGAUCGCCAACAAACUUAUGUUCGUGAAAUUGAUCAAAUUGCCCAAAAGGAGCCUCGAUUUAUUUUAAUUGCUUUACCAACGAACCGUGCUGAUCGUUAUUCAGCUGUUAAGCAAAAGGCAAUGGUUGAAUAUGGAAUCCCUUGUCAAGUUGUUGUCAAGAAUCGUGUUAUGAACAAUAAGAAUUUACAUUCAAUUUGCACAAAAGUUGCAAUUCAAAUUAACGCCAAGUUGGGCGGCAUGCCGUGGUCUAUUAAGUUACCAGUCAAGGGAUUAAUGACAAUCGGUUUCGAUAUUUCCCAUAACAAGUCAAAGAGCAUUGGAGCUUUAGUCGCAACUAUGGAUUUGAAUAAGAGUGAGGAAUUUUAUAGUGUCACGAUGGAAUAUAAAGACGGCAAUGAAAUGGUUAAGGAAUUGGAUAAGUAUGUCCAAAUUGCAAUUAAAAAGUAUUCUGCAACUUGUGGAUCUUAUCCAGAACGCAUCGUCUUUUAUCGUGAUGGAGUUGGCGAGGGACAAUUUGAAUACAUUAUGAAUCAGGAAGUCAUUCCGAUGCAGCAAAUGCUGACAAAAUUCUAUGUGAACGAACCAAAAUUGGCAUAUAUUUUGGUCAACAAGCGUACUAAUGCUCGAUUCUUCAAGCCAAUGGGCAAUGGAUAUAUUAAUCCAAAACCAGGCACAAUCAUUGACACAGAAAUUACUUCUUUCGAUCGCAAAGACUUUUUCUUAAUAGCCCAAUCUGUUGGACAAGGAACUGUAUCACCAACUCACUAUACGAUUCUAGUUAAUUCUACUGGACUUUCAACAGAUCGCCUGCAAUUGUUGACUUUCAAGAUGUGCCAUUUGUAUUUCAAUUGGGGUGGAACUGUUCGCAUUCCUGCUGUUUCGCAAUAUGCCAAGAAACUGGCAUUCUUAACUGGUCAAUCGCUUCAAAAACCAGUCCAUGAAAAAUUGCGCAAUACUUUGUACUUUUUAUAAACAUUUAAAUUAAGUUCUAAACUGGUUUCACCUUAUUAUACAUAACAUAUCAUGUGAAUUCUUGAAGAAUGACAUCAUUUUUAAUAACUAUUUUUUUACAACUUAUUAUUUUAUUCCUGUAUGAAUAUUUGGAAUUGAACUGAAAUAAAAAUAACUUAGAUUUAGUACAA